AGGGAAGAAAGGAUGGGUUGACAAAGAGAGGUCAGCAGCGGAGGUGCUAAAGCAAACUGGCUUCCGCAGCCGAACUGCGUUUACCACCAAGCCCAACAGCAACCCUUCCGUGCCUGACGAUCCAAAACCCAACCUCGACUGAGAGAAGCCACACACGAUGGGAACCGGAACCGAGAACCUGGAAUCGCACCUAGAGCCGGCUCUAGAGGAACCCUUUGAUGGAGCCAAAGACCGGACGACCCCCGGCCAGAAGAGCGAAGGUGCGGCGGGUCCUCCACCGCCGGGAGAGAACGAAACCCGGGCAGCGACCGAGAUGAUCUCUCCCGCACUCUCAAGGUUUUCAAGCUUGGGCCGACUCCCAACUAUCACGACAGAGCACGAGCUGCUGACUCCCCAGAACCUCGAGGUUCUUGGAGUCGGGGGAAGUGGCUACGUCUAUAGGUGCCCCGGAGACGUUGCCUAUAAAGUAAAUGUCACCCAGUGCGAGGUUGACCUGAUGAUGGUGGCGGGCGAUUGCGCUAUCACCCCCCUCUGCCAUGUCUUGGCCAAGAUAGACGGCGCAUGGUGGCGGCGGGGACUCAUCAUGGAGCUCGCCACGCCCUUUGACUUCAAGCUCGUGCCGGCCGAAGAGCGCAUGGCCGUCAAGGACGAGAUGGUCAGCCUUGUCGAGUGCCUUCACAGCAGCGAAGUCGGCAUCGCCCACGGUGAUAUCAAGCCCGACAACUUCCUGCGGUGCCGCGACGGCAAGCUCCGCCUGUGUGACUUUAACUCGGCCCGGCUGCUGGCCGAUGAUGAGGUCGAGGACUGGGAGGGUGGCGUCAGCGACCGAUACUUGGCCCCGAGCCGCGGCUAUCCGGAUAGUCAUGGCCCGCCCACGAUCGUUGACGAUAACUAUGCCCUGGCCAUCUCCGUGUGGGAGGUCUUUACGGGGAAGGAUGCGUUGGUGGAGGAGGAUAUGGAGGAGGCGCUGAUGAAAGGUAAGACAGUCGAUCUGGACAAGUUGGAGGAUGAGCAUGUCCGGGUCUUUGUGUGGAAACGGCUACGAGAUGGCGGCGCGAAGGUGCCAGACCUCGUUCCUUCACGGGGUGGUGGCGGAAAAUAGCAUGCAAAUCUGCACACCCAGCGCAAACAAUGUCUAAUUCUGGGUCGGGACCGGGCGGACUGAUCCACGGCAUCCCCAUGUCGUCGAGAUACUCAUCUACCUCACAGAAGUAUCUGGGCUAUUCCUAGGGGGCUCGUCAUCAAACUCCGCUGCCUACCUAGGUAUAUGUACCUAGGUGGAAAGGAGAUCAGAUCCUGGGGGGCAGACGUCCCCGGAUAGCGUCUUUCCUUCUAGAGAACCGUAUACCCUUCCUUCACUGGGUGUACGGGGGAACCAGGACUUUUACUCUAAAUAAAUCAGAUUGC